AUGAAGCCUUAUACUAAUCAGGGAGCCGUGGAUUGCGGUGCGGAGUUUGACAGCAGCAGUGUCAAGGGGAAAACGGCUGUUGUCACCGGUGGAGCCAAUGGGAUAGGCGAGGGAUAUGUUCAUGCCUUGACCAAGGCUGGAGCCUUCGUUGUCAUUGCCGAUCUCGAUGUGGAAGAAGGAUUGAGGUUGGAAAAGGAACUGGGCAACGCCGUCAAAUUUGUCAAGUGUAAUGUCACUGUUUGGGCCGAUCAACUUGCCGUCUUCAAAACAGCAAUAUCAUCUUCGCCGUCGAGGAGAGUGGAUAUUGUUAUUGCAAACGCUGGCAUCAGUGGAGCUGACUCUGUCUUCUUCAACAAUACUGAGGCCGAAGAACCCGAAGAACCCAAGUUGAAUGUCAUCAACGUCAACCUCGUCGGGGUCAUGUACACAAUCAAACUUGCCCUCCACUACUUCCGUCGACAGAAUGCGCUGAACAAAGGCGAGCCAUUGGAUCAAGUUCUUAUCCUACAGGGGAGCUUGGCCGGCUAUCUCGACCUUGCCGGGGUAGUCCAAUACGCAUCUGCAAAAUAUGGCCUCCGUGGAGUGAUGAGGGCUCUGCGCAGGUCGGAGUGGCAACACAACAUUCGAGUGGCUUACAUUGCACCAUGGUUCAUCCACACAAAGAUCUUGAGUGAGGCAGUUGUUGAAUUCUUGGCCAAGGCCAAUGUUGAAUAUGCCAAGGUUGAAGAUGCUGCUGCUGCCGUCAUGAGGAUCGUAUCAGACCCCGGCAUUACAGGCCGAUCAUUCGCCAUUCUACCACGGAGCAUGACCCCUCACGGCUACGUGGACAUUGACUUUGACGAUUAUCAGGAGGGGACGUUCCUAGGCGACCUCCAGCUUCUGGCUGCAGGUGGAAGCCAUCGUGCAUCGGUGAGUGGUGCUGUGGAUAGAAAGGCCAGUGAGAUGAACGAAUGA